GGAGAGAAUCAGAAUUCAAAAACGCUAGGGAAGUUUUGAUUAAAUUUAUUUUUAUCUUCAAAGAGUUCACGCCAGAUAACCUGCUGCAAAAAUGUCUGGGUUUUAUGAUGACACCCAAGGACAGCAGAAUUAUGGAUGGGGAGAGUACAACAUGGGAGAUGACACCAAUGGAUUCCAACAAGACAACAUGGGUUUCCAGUCGUUCGACUACGGCGGCGGCGGCUCUGCCGACCUGGGCGGCGGCGGCGCCGGCGCUCCGGCCAGCCCGUACCUGCAGCCGGAGCCGGUGCCGGCCUACUCGGGCAGCCUGCUGACCCCGGACCCGGUGUCCGGAUACCCGGAGGACGGCUCCGGCGGACAGUUCGACCAGGAGCCGCCGCUGCUCGAAGAGCUCGGAAUCAACCCGGACCACAUUCUACAAAAGACGCUGUCUGCGCUGAAUCCCUUCCGUCAGACAAAUGCCGAGAUCCUGCAGGACACGGACCUGGCCGGACCGCUGGCAUUCUGCCUGGCGUUCGGAGGAUUUCUGCUGCUGGUGAGUGUUUUGUGUCUCUCGAUUCUGACCU